AUGCACGCAACCUUCCUCUCAUCACUGCAUCACACAUGGGCGAGCCUGACGUCCAUCGAGGACAACAACAAGACAGAAGUGCGACCGCAAGCGACGCCGAGAUGGACACCGCACGAUGGCGCCGCUCACCACCGGUCCUCGACACUGCCGCUCCCUCCGAGUCGACGCCGCGGCGAACGUGAUCGAGACGUGCGUGCUCCCCUCAAGCGCAUGCGGAUCGACGUCGAGCUCUGCGGGCAACUCCUGGUGAUGUAUCGGCACGAGCAGCACCUUGUCAACGUCGCGGCGAGCCUCCCCGCGCUGAGGGAGCGGCUCUUGCGGAAGAACACGCAGCUGCGCACGGACCCACGAGUGUGA